AUGGGUGUGAAACCAGUUUUACAAGAGUUCAAACGUUCACUCGUACUUCACAAGGGACAACGAACACGGUUACCUUCAACAUAUGUCGCUCCUGAAGACGUAUCAAUUUGGGAAAUUAUACGGUCAAACUUGGGAAAAGAUUUUUCCCGUUUUACUGUUCCUGUGUUCAUGAAUGAGCCUCUUUGCUUUCUACAAAGAUUAUCAGAGAAUGUACAAUACAAUUAUUUGCUAGAAAAAGCUGCGGAAUGUGAUGAUGAUCUUGAGAGAAUUGAGUAUGUCGCUGCUUUCGCUUUGGCCACAAUUUCCUCGAAUCACAAACGACUUUCCAAACCAUUCAAUCCACUUUUACUGGAAACUUUCGAACUGGAAAGAAAUGGUGUGCGAUUCAUUGCUGAACAGGUAUCACAUCAUCCGCCAAUUUCCGCAGUCUACGCCGAAUCGGACGACUUCACUGUUGAGGGAACUGUUGAACCGACAAUUGGAUUCUGGAUGAACAAACUAAUCGCAAAUCCGCAUGCUCAUUUGAAAUUAACAUUUAAAAAAACAGGCGAAAUUUUCUCUUGGUCAGCUCCAAAAUGUACAAUUUAUAAUGUAAUAAUGGGAAAAAUGUACAUGAAUUUUACAAGUCAGAUGAAAAUCGAAUCUACAGGAGGUUACGAUGUCGUUUUUUCAUUUGAAAAUAAGGGAUAUUACAAUCACAAGGGUGGAGAUGUUCACGUUGAAGGACAUAUUUUCGAGGGAAAAAACAAAAUUAGAACAUUGUACGGAAAUUGGACGUUAUUCCUUGCUUCUUGUGACGUUAAUGAAUUUAAAGCGUGCAGAAAAGAAUACGUAAAUUUGUUCAAUGAGUCUGUCAAUUUACCAAAUCAGGGACCAGUUGUACCAGGAUCCAAAAUUUUGUGGGUGGCGAAUCAGAUUCCGAAACUUUUCGAAGAGCAAUUUCACUUCACAUAUUUCACAUUGACUUUAAAUGAGAUGUACGAUGGAUUGUCAGAGAAGCUACCUCCAACUGACAGCAGGCUGAGGAAGGAUAUGAAAUUUUUAGAGGAUGGAAAAAAUGAUGAAGCUGAAGAAUGCAAGCGCAAGUAUGAAGAUGCACAGCGUGCGCGCAGAGCAAAGAAUACUGGGAAUGUGCCACUCUGGUUUUCAAAAGUCGAUGGCGUCUGGAAGUAUACUGGCGACUAUUGGUCGCGCGAUUUUUCUCAGUGUCUCGAACUCUUUGAGAAAACUGGCAAAAACUCAAAUUCUUUUUCGAAAGACCCUAUUAUGUUCGUUUAUUUGUGUCUAUUGAUUGCUUUUUCUUCGAGCAUCGAGAUUGGUGGCCCAAGUCGACGUCUUCAGAAGCCAACGGGACCAAGACAGGAAGUGAGCAUUGCAGUCGUUUAUCAGCACUAUGUUGGUCGAUCUAUAACCUAUGACAAAGCGAUAAAGGACAUAAUAAGAAGUAUAAAUGACGCAACAGCUGUGUCGAGUCUGCGACGUCUCUCAACGCGCUAUGUCUUCUCAGCGGUUGAUUGUAUUCUGCCAACCGGCACAUUCAAUGUCAAAGAGGUUCUCGAUUGUCUUUGCAAUAAUGUGACAGCGAAUAAUGUGGCUCUAAUUGUCUUCAUGACCGCAUCGGAGUUGUAUGACACGACGACAGCGGCCGAACAAUAUUUUUUGACGGCGGCUAGUUAUACGGGGAUACCGAUAAUCGCAUGGAACGCCGACAAUUCAGGAUUCACGUUUGGAAAGGAUUUGUCGCCUUACAGGAUUAUUCAAAUGGCACCGCCAAUUGCACACCAAAUAAGAGCAAUGAUUGCCUUGCUUCAAAGAUAUAAUUGGCCAAAGUUUGGAGUUGUGACUUCGGACAUGGCAGGAGGUGAAGAAUUUGUUGGCGCUGUGCGAGACGAGCUCGAGAAUUUUUCAAAUCGAUCAACGAAAUUCGAAAUGCUUCAUUAUUGCCAUAUAAAUACAACAAACAAAACCGAUAUCGAUGUUAAUUUAAUUGAGCUCAGGAAGAAUCAAGCAAAAAUAAUAUUAUUGUAUUCUAAUGUGCAUCAGGCAAAUGCAAUAUUUUCGCGCGCAGACGUCUUGAAAAUGACAAAUGAGAAAUACUUGUGGAUAGGGACCCAAUCGGUCAAAGGAACCCAUAAGACAGUUAAAUCAGCAGCUCCUCCCGGAAUGCUUUCCGUCAACUUUCAUACGGUUUCUAAUGCAAUGUUCUAUCUUCAAGAAGAUGUCAUCCCACUUAUCAUCCAAUUAGCGCCAAAAUUAUUUGGUUCCGCGCUUUUGCAACUUCGUCAAAAUGAAACUUUUCCUCUAAGAUCAAAUGUUUCUUGUCGACGCGAUGAAGGUGAUCCGUAUUGGCAAAACGGAAAAAUAAUUUACGAUCAUAUGAAAUCUUCAUUCGUCAAAGGAAAUCCGUUUCAUGCCAAUGAUGGUCAUGAUUCAUUUUUCUAUGUGUUCGACAAAAACGGACGAUUGAAAAAUUCGGUUCUUCAAAUUUCAAAUUUGAGAACUAAUACAAAAGGCGAAAAAUAUUGGGAAAAAGUUGGAAUCUAUACUAAUAAUGAAUUGAGCAUGGCUGAUGUUCAAUGGCCCGGUAAACGAGCAAAUCCACCACAAGGAACUGCAGACAGCUUUCAUGUUAAUGUAGUUACACUUCAUGAGCCUCCGUUUAUCAUAGUUUCUGAUGUAGACCCAGACACUGGAAGAUGCCCGGGUAAUCAAGGAUCAAUUUGCGAUUGGGGAGACGUUGAAUAUACGGCAGAAGGUGGCAUUAAGAAAAAUCGUACGUUGUGGAAAUGUUGCUCUGGGUAUUGUGUAGAUCUUUUAAAUAAACUGGCCACAGAUAUUGGAUUCACUUAUACAUUAUACAAAGUUCGCGAUGAGAAAUGGGGGCUCAAAUCGGAGACGGGAUGGAAUGGGUUAAUUGCUGAUUUGAUGCACAAUAAAGCUGAUAUGUGUGUAACCUCUUUAAAGCUGAAUUCCGAAAGAGCUCGCGAUAUUGACUUCUCAUUACCAUUUCUCGAUACAGGAAUUUCAAUUAUUGUGAAAAUUCGCAGUGGUGUUCUGUCGCCGACAGCGUUCUUGGAGCCUUUCGAAUAUUCCACUUGGGUUAUCAUUCUAUUCGUUUGUAUUCACGUUGCCGCAAUUUCGAUAUUCGCAUUCGAAUGGGUUUCGCCCUACUCGUUCAACAUGCAAAAGUAUCCGCCACCAGGACAUAAAUUUUCAUUAUUUCGCUCGUAUUGGCUUGUAUGGGCGACAUUAUUCAGUGCAAGUGUAUCUACCGAUGUUCCGAAAUCUACCGUAUCCCGUUUGAUGGCUCUUGUGUGGGCAGCUUUUGGUCUCACAUUCCUUGCGGUUUAUACAGCUAAUUUGGCAGCUUUCAUGAUAACUCGAGUUCAAUUUUAUGAUUUAAGUGGAAUACAUGAUCCAAUGCUUAGUUAUCCGCAAGAUCAGAAGCCCCCUUUUCGAUUUGGAACCGUUGAUGGUGGAAAUACACAUGAAACUAUGAAGAGAAAUUGGCAACAAAUGCACGAAUAUGUUAAGCGAAACAAUUUUUUCCGAAUGAACAUUUCAGCAGGCGUGGACGCGGUGAAAAAAGAAGAAUUGGAUGCUUUCAUUUACGAUGCGGUUGUUCUUGAUUAUUGGGCAGGAAAAGAUGCGAAUUGCGCAUUAAUGACAGUAGGGAAAUGGGCCAGCAUGACGGGAUAUGGCAUUGGAUUCCCGAAGAAUUCUCCAUAUACGGCAAUGGUGAAUCAGCAUAUGCUUCGCUACCAGCAGAAUGGCGAUUUGGAAAGACUUCAAAAUUUUUGGUUAACCGGCGCUUGCACCCCUGACAGUCAUAGUCAAACGCAAUCUGCACCUCUCGGAAUCGAGAACUUCAUGUCAGCAUUUUUUCUCCUUGGUGUUGGAAUUAUCAUUAGCAUUAUCAUUCUUGGUCUUGAGCAUAUCUAUUGUAUUCACUUGAGGAAGCCACUGCAGAAAAUUGAUAAGAAAGGAUGGUGCGGAAUCAUUAGUAUGGCUAUGGGUAAAUCUUUAACAUUCACAGAAGCAGUUGAUCGAGUUCAAGAAUGGAGGUCACGUACACAAUCACUAGCCAGCACCAGUUCACCACAACUGAAAAGAAGACGAUCUGCAAAUUCUAGAACAUCACCAGAGAGAAAACCUCCCUCGUUUUCAGGCAAACAAUAUCUACAAGUCGAGACCAAUCUUUAA